CUGUACAGGUGAGACAGAGGACAGAGAAUCCAAGAUGGCGAAUGGUGGGAGAAAUGAGAGUCCAGUCUUUAUAGCAAGUUUUAUCCUCACUUUCAUAGCUCUCAUCUUCCACGUUGUGGCAUUCUGUAGCCCUCACUGGAUACAGUCAUGGGAGAGAACGCAGAGCGAUUUUCUCAGAGCAGGAUUAUGGGAAUUCUGCUUCAACGCCUUCACUCACCCACAGGAUUACCUUGCUAAAAGUUAUGUUGGAUGCUGGUGGGUCUAUUCACCAGAAUACUUCAACAUUAGGGAGUUUCUUAUGCCACCCUGGUUCAUUGCCGCCCAGUGGCUAUCAGUAUCUGCCUUGGUUCUAGAACUCCUGGCCUUGUGUAUUCAAAGUAUCUACUACAUGAGAUGUUGCUCCACAACGCUUGAGGUUCCCUCUAUUUACCUGUCAGCUUUCUUGAUGGUUUGCGCAUGUAUCAUAGAAGGAAUGGUGGUGAUUGUAUUUGGUGCCCUAAGCGGUGACCGCACCUGGAUGCCGCGCCCUGACUUCAACUACCUGUCAUGGUCCUACGCCUUUGCCGUGCUCUCCGGAUUCGUUGCAUGUUUCGCAGGAUGCGGUCUUGCUAUGGCCGGAUCCAAACUGUCACGCAUGGUUAAGAAGGACCCGAACUCUUUUAACAUGGGAACAAUCCCACCUCCUCAUAUGUAAAUGUUUUUUUGGAUUAUAAAUGGCAUUUAAGACCCCUCAAGAUGUCAUGACUGGGUGUUAAAUGGCAUUUAAGACCUCACAGUAUACUCUGAAUAAAAGUUUAACUGGUGUCCAAGAUACUGACGGGGGGACUUAAAUAUUACCAUUUAGGACUUUCUACACAAUUCACCAUUUCACAUUCUACAAAUAUUCACAUGGAAACUGUAUUUAAAUGGCAAUUUUGUUUUAUAAUACAUUUAAUGUUGGUUCUUUCUGAAUAUUCGCAACUUUCAUAAAGACCCAUAUAUUCCUUUUUAGAACAUUUCUUGUGGAUUUUUUCACUAUAUAUGUUCACUGGUUGCAUUUUAUUUAGUUGUACAUAUUUCCGUAACUUUUAGUACAAUGUAUAUGUGGAGCCAUGGCAACAUGGAUAGUAAAAAUAUGUAUAUUUGUUCUUAGACUACCAAGUUUUCUAUAAGAUACAUUAAUUUUCUUAUUUCUCAACUUCUAAUUAAAUGCUUAUAGUGAAAGAUUUAACCAUUUGAGACGUGUUUACGUCACAAACAGAAUUUUUCUGUCUAUACAUAUGGCGAUUUGUUUAAGAAAAAUUUCUGCAUGUUAUUGAUUCAUAUGUAAAAAGGGGACCAACAUUCAAAACAAGUUCUGCAAGGAAACAAGUUGUGCCAUUUAAAGUUACCUGAAAACGAUGAGAUGACCUGCAAAUCUUGUACUAUGAAAUAUAAAAAUGGUAGUUCAAAAUAUUUUCUUACACAUUCUAUACUUGAAAUACUUAAAUGUGGUUUAAUGUGCUUAUCUUUGAACCAAGCCAUAUUUCUGUAAAAAAAAGUUGAACAAUUGUACAAAAAAACUGCCUGCAAUGCAGAACCCAAAGAGUAACUCAGAACUGUGUAUAUUACUUGAAAGCCUCACAUAUAUUACUGUAUCAUAUUAAAUACUAGUUACCAUAAUCAUUAGGAUUGACUAGUCUUUUAUAGCUGAGAUAUAAUCUCUUGAGUUAAAAUAAUAAUUUGCACUAAUUAUAGGUCAAAGUACCUAGAAAAAUUGACAGCUAACAGCUGUCUUUUCCGAGAUAUUUCUCAAGUUGUUUCUCUCAAUAUGUGACAAUGGCAAAUUUCAUUUGCAUUCCUUUUUACAUUUUUAUUUUGAAAACUUAAGUCAAAAAUAUCAGGGUUUUGAUAUAUAUAUAUAAUAGUUUGCUACUAAGUGACAUGUUCUGAUAAUUAUUUUAGCUCUUACGUGCUAUUCUUAGUAUGUAUAUGAGUUUAGUUAGUUGCUUGCGACUGAUUUCUGAAUGAAGAUAAAUGGGUCACAAGUCUGGUACCUGAUCACUUAUUCCAAACAUUUCAUUUAUUUCUAUUUCUUAUUCCAGAAUCAGAACUGAUCAUUUUAGUUUCUCCCAAUCAAAGCAUACUUUUUGACAUUAAUCUUAAAUUAGCUUGAUUUUGAGAAUGUAUAAGUCAUCUUUUUUGGAUUUUGUCUACAAAUGGAAGUUUGUUUUGAGAAAUAGAUUUAAUUGAUCUUGUUUGAAUAAAGCAUGCAAUUACCAGAUAAUUAUCCCUCAGCCCAAAUUCAGCCAAUACGUAAUAUUAGAUAAUAAGCAGAGGGGUCUAUACAAUGUAAAUCAUGCCUAUUUUAAUGCUACUAUGAAGUAGGCUUGCUGUAGAUGACUUGACGCCAUGUAGAUACAUUUUGUAAAAUAAAAAGACUUUUGUAAAAUGAA